UUAGAAGCACUUACGCCCUCUUGUAAGUACCUACCUAUUGACAUUAUGCUGUCUGCUUUGACCACUGUCUAUCCUUCGACACAUCUCAUUCUAUCUAAUGAUGUCUGCCUGUAUAUACACCUCAUAAUACUCCUGCUACUUACGGAUCUGGGUGGCAAUGGGAAUUUCAUGACCUACCCUAAGUAUCUACCCUAGGGUAGAUACCUAGGUUAUCUAUCAAUCUCAUCACUCUUCAUCUUACUCGAGGCCAUCAAUAAAUGCCAUAUUAAUGAUAUUUAUAGUUGUGGUGCUCGUCAUCCUUUCACGAUUUGUCGAGCUGACUUAUCUAACGUUAGGAAUAAAUUACUCUAUAAAUCGAACUUGGGAUGUCUCCUCAAACACACUCUCUGCUCUCGUUUCGACUAUCUGGCUGUUAGUGGAUGAUCGUAGGAGCAGUAUUUGAAAUUAUACAAGUACAACAUCUACUGACACGAUGGAUCCUUCGGCUGCUACUGGUGCCCUCCAGUCAUGGAACGAGGAGAUAGAUCGUUUGAUCAUGGAAUAUAAAGCCUGCAUGGCUUAUCAUCAAAAGAUCCUCGAGACGAGGAAACAGGAGCUUCGCGAAGCUAAUGAGCAGAACCUUGAAAGACUGAGAGUUACUACGCCGGCAGACUUAUAUGAGAAUGCCGUCUUACGUAUGGCUGAAAAGGCUCUCGAGCAAGAUCUGCAACGAAUUGAAUUGAAUCACCAAAAGGACACCGAGAUGAUUGAGAAGAUCCACAAGAAGGAGUUGGCUCAAAAAAAGAGUGAUCUCCAUGCAAAACUCGAGGGUAUGGCCAAGAGCGCACAGUUGCCAACUGUAGCCCCCAUCGUUCUGCCGAAAGUGCCUGAAACUCUCAAUGACACAGUGGAUGAAGGCCCGCAGAAGCAAGAUUCCAGAAAACAUGGGGCAUCCCCCCCUCCAGAGCAGGCUCCCAAACGAUUACGCCUUGAUACCUCUGUAGCCUCUUUGCCUACUCCAACUAGUCCACUACAAACUGAAACGCAAGAAGAAAUACAAGCCGCGACAAGUCAGCCACCUGAAAGAACGAUCACGUUCGAGCAGGUUUUCCAAGGCGGUCAUGCGAAGCACAAGGAUAUGAUCGUUGAGUGGCCAGAAGGCAGUCGACGAUGGUAUAUACUGAAGUGCGAGAUGCAUGGGCUUCGGUUCACCAGGCACCCUGUACAGGGCGCAGCCAAACAUCUUAGUGGCCUGUAUCACGGCUUCCCAGACAGAAAUAGGGAUAUGGCUGUGAGGACACUCGGUUAUCAGGUGAUCGACUGCAAUGCCAGUCUCGCAAAAAUGAACAACAAGGCUGCAGUGGAAGCCUACGAUAAUGGCUACAAACCGCCCCCCUGGAAACACUUGAAGCGGCCUUUAAAAAAGGCAUAUUCCAGACGGCAGUUUAAAAGUCAAAAGUCCACUAAGCUACCCACACCUAACACAAAUUCAAGGCCGACUCCAGGAGCAACCCCUACUCGAAAGAUCACUGCUGCAGAGAAGCAUGAGCUACUGGAAGCACCGUCGUCUGAACGAAAGUCCUCGGAGCCUUGGCAUGGGAUUACACACCCAAAGACAUUUCACAUAUAUUACGGCAAAUGGGGAGCCGACAUUCAUCAUAAGAAGAGCGAACAGCUAUAUCCAGUCUUAAUCCUCGGGUGGGAUGACCAAGCAGGCAGUGGCUUAAAAAACACCGAUCUGAACCACACUGGCUUACUUAAGGAAGACUCAAAACCACCAAACUGCUAUAAGUAUGGUGUAAAUAAAAUAAUAGGCUGGGCAGCAGGAUAUGAAGAUGGAGGUUCUAAGGUCAAGUUGAGAAAGUUCCCCGUUAUGUUUUUUGACGAGUCGCAAACUGUGGGUUGGAUAGCAGCUCGGGACCUGCAAGAGUUCCCUCUUUAUAAAAGCAAAGUAUCAUAUCCACCGGACCACCCUUUCAAUGCAGCCCGUCGUUGGAUUGCGGAGAGGGAGGGCUUUAAGGGGUGGGAAGACCGGGAAAGGGCUCGGAUCAAUGAUCUUACACUUCGUCGUCCUUCACCUUCACCGCUCACACCGAUAAACGAAUCAAUCAAUGCCAAAUUUCCUGUGACGCAAGAAGUCAUUUCGGCCAACGCAAAAUCUCACCCACCGGGAGAUAGCAACGACUUAGACAACUCAGGUUCAGAAGUAGAGUCGAUUGCUACGACAGAAACGGAGAUGCUCUUGAAUGAAUGGCGAGAAAAGGGCGGCGAGAUUCCGGGCGAUGAAGAUUACAGGACUUCCGAAUCCGACAUAGACGAAACACUUGAAUGUGAAUUAGAAGAUUGGACGAAAAUCUCUUUAGCGACUUUGGAAUCCGGAAGUCCCGGAAAUCGUCCUUGGGCAUUUUACGGACUGAGAAGUACAGAGAGCUCCAAAGAUCCAAAAUCACCGGCUAAUCCAGCAGGUAAGACGGAUGAGAAUCUGGCGAGAUCGACGACUGCGGGCAUGGACUCGGUACGCAGCCUUGAUAGCCAGCUAGCUUCGGUAGGUACCUACAAAUCUGUGAUAAAGUUACCGGUACCUCAAGAAAGCUCUUCAAGCAACGCUGCCAAGUCAAACGAAGACCACCUGCCAUCCCAGCCAGAGCCUCGACACACAGGCCCCGCAUCCAAGGGGGAUCACUCGCCCAAAAAGUCUCCAGUGCCCACGACUCCUCCAGUCUGUCAAGUUUCUGACAGCAAGAAAUUAAUGCCGGAAAAUAUAGCCGACAAACAGCGAGUCCACGAAAGCCUGCCAGGUGAAACUGAAAAGGAGAAGGACAAGCAAAAUAAAGAUUUGGGAGUUAAAUUUCAAGAGCCCAAUCAAGGGUUAUCUUCUGGGGCUGAGACGGCAGCUUCGCUCAUCCAAGCACCCACAGCAAAAGUUUCCCAUAGGCCUCCUCCUUUGGCCAGUACUACAGACGCCGAAAAUACACUAGCUAAGGUCAAUUUCGGAUUGUCAGUGUACGUUGAUAAGAACGUAUCGUGGAAGAGGCACGAGGAGGAAGAGGACUGUGUCGACUUAUUCUUCAGCGUGGAUGGAAAGACGAUAGCCACUCGUCAAGGCCCAGUUGGAGUGUUCAUUGAUCCUAUGGAGAUCAAGAGUUUCUCGAGGGAGUUUCUCCCAGGGUCUAACGGAAAUAAGACAUUAAUAUUGUGGAAAAAGGACGGGUCAAUGUGUCGACUCGUUUUCGACCGCCGAAAAGGAACGACGCUUGAGAUUGGGAAAAUCCAAUCCCGUAAUUUCACUCGAUGGCUUCGGAAUAUUAAUACUAGUGUCGAAUGUUUGACAUAGCUCAACAAGCAAAAUUCAAUAUCGUAGUAAUUUGAACAACUUGAUUUGAUCUGUAGGGAGUCUAGGGACAAGGAAUGGAUGGCUGUAUGUAUAGCUUUGAGAUGUCGUCAUUAGGUAAUGAAUGCUCGUCCCGUUGCAUGUGAAAUCCAUACUACUAGGUACCGAGGGGGGAUUUUAGCGGCUUAGCUUGCCUCCCCGCAUUGGGGUAUUGAAGGUCGUAGAUG